AUACCUAACCAAAAUCGAUAACUGUUGAGAUGAAAUGUAGCUUAUGCUGCAAGUAUGCGUGGUUGUGUGGUUGUGUGAUGAUCAGAGACACGAGUCUCUCUGUCGCUCGCGCUCUCUCUCUCUCUCUCGCUCUCUUUCUCUCUCGCCCCCAUCGUCUGUGUCUGUAGAUCGGUGCCACAGUCACUCUGUGAUGUGUGUAACAAGAGCACCACUACCAAUGGGAUUCGACGGAUAAAAAAGUUUGUCAUUCACUUGGAAGGUGAAAUCAUUCUCGGAUGAAAAAAACCUGUUAGGCUGUUUUGUAAGCAGAUGAGAAAUUGCAGCAGUAACAUACUGAGGUUUGAGAUGAAGGCGGCGAAGAUGGUUGAUUAGGAAUGGAUUUAGGGUCUGAAUCCUCCCGCUUGUUGCUGUUAGAGGUGUAUUGCACAACCCAAAUACUGGAAUAACGGAAAUAUCGGAAUUGGAAUCAUUUCAAGCCAUAAGGCAUGACGCCCCUCAGGAGUCUGUUCAGGAAGUGACCUCAGUGUGACAUCAUGGAGGACAGUUGGCUGCUCCUGUCCCCCCCGCCCAACCUCAGCGAGCCGGUCCUGUACGACAGCGGCUUCCUGCCAAUGACCAACGAGUCGCAGACGGGCGCGCACAACGACACCGACACGGACUUCCAGCGCACCAGCACGGUGGUCAUCACCAUCCUCUACUUCGUGGUGUGCGCCGUGGGCCUGUGCGGCAACACGCUGGUCAUCUACGUCAUCCUGCGCUACGCCAAGAUGAAGACGGUCACCAACAUCUACAUCCUGAACCUGGCGGUGGCCGAUGUGCUUUUCAUGCUGGGCCUGCCGUUCAUCGCCCUGCAGCUGGCGCUGGUCAACUGGCCCUUCGGCCUGGCGAUGUGCCGCGUGGUGAUGACCGUGGACUCGUUCAACCAGUUCACCAGCAUCUUCUGCCUGACCGUCAUGAGCAUCGACCGCUACCUGGCCGUGGUGCACCCCAUCAAGUCCACCAGGUGGCGCAAGCCGCGCGUGGCCAAGACCAUCAACCUGGCCGUGUGGGUGGUGUCGCUGCUGGUCAACCUGCCCAUCAUCAUCUACAGCGGCCUGAUCAGCAACCGGGACGGCAAGUUCUGCAGCAUCGUGUGGCCCGAGCCGCAGGAGGCCUACUACACGGCCUUCAUGUUCUACACGUUCCUGCUGGGCUUCUUCCUGCCCCUGCUGGUCAUCUGCCUCUGCUACCUGCUCAUCAUCAUCAAGGUGAAGUCCUCGGGCAUCCGUGUGGGCUCCAGCAAGAGGAAGCGCUCUGAGCGCAAGGUGACCCGCAUGGUUUCCAUCGUGGUGGCGGUGUUCGUCUUCUGCUGGCUGCCCUUCUACGUGUUCAACGUGACGUCGGUGACGGGGAGCAUCAGCAGCACGCCGGCGCUGCGCAACACCUUCGCCUGCGUGGUGGUGCUGGGCUACGCCAACUCCUGCGCCAACCCCAUCCUCUACGCCUUCCUGUCGGAGAACUUCAAGAAGAGCUUCCAGAACGUUCUGUGCCUGCGGAGGGCCAGCCCGCUGGAGGAGGCAGAGCGCAGCAACAGCCAGCAGGACAAGUCGCGCAUGAUGAACGACCCCACAGAGACCCAGGGCACACUGCUCAACGGGGACCUGCAGACCAGCAUCUAGGAGGGACACACACACACACACACACACACACACACAAACACACACACACACACACACACACACACACACAGUCACACCAUCGGCGAUCACUCGGAAGUCGAGUAUGGAUUGACAGACAGACACACAAACACAGACACAAACACACCAUCACUCAGAGUCGAGUAUGAUGGUCCUCCUUGGGGGUGGGGUUGUUAUUGUGGAUCUUCAGGUGGCUUAAGUGGCUUAUUCUGGAACACACACACACACACACAUAUUUAUACACAUUAUAGGAGAUUGACAGACCAAGCAAGGGCAAAAUAUGACACACACACACACAGAAACAUAUGCUGUAAAAAAUAUAUUAUAGGACAGUGACGUACCAGUCGGCACACACACCGGUAUACACACACAUAGAAAAACAAAUCAGGAGAAAAAAUUAGGCACAUAACGUAAAAUCCAUUAUCCAGAUGGGUGGCCCUCCCCCUGGCUGCCUGUAAUGUGUCUGUUUUUUCUCCAUAAGGGCCGAUGGCAUGCGCGCGGAUCUGUUGACCUUUACAUAGGGUGGACGAUGAGGCUCAUGAUCACACAUGAUCACCUCCGCUAAUCCCCGACAGCCUUCUUAUUAGCAUACAGAUGAGACACAAACACACACACACACACCAUUGAAUCAAACACACACACAAACAAACACACACACACACUAACUCUCUCUUUCUCUCUCUCACACACACACACACACACAAACAAACACACACACAUUAACUCUCUCUUUCUCUCACACACACACACACACAAACACCCAAACUCUCUCACACACACAUCUAGCACCGCUAACCUUUAGAGACCCUAUUUUAUUUCCAUAAAGAUGAGAGUGCAACACAUUCACACGUCGCUGGCCCCUAGAGACCUUCCAUUUCAACAGAAAUGCGUAUGUGCGUGCACGUGUGUGUGUGUCUGUGUGUGUGAGAGAGAGAGAGACGGCUGUUGUUAUUCAUGACAGAAACACUUGGACCCUCUAUGGGUCAGCACUCCGCUCCCCUCUCUCCAUCUCAGCGUCCAUUUCAGAUGUCAGACAAUACACUCGCUUACGGACACACACGGACAACUGCCCACACCCUGGACACGGACACAUCCUUGUUCUUAUUGUGUUUUUAUAGUGUUCUUAUUGUAUUGUCAUUUCUAGUCUGCCCUCACCAUGGACACAUCCUUGUUGUUAUUGUGUUGUUAUUGUCAUUUCUAGUCUGUGUGCAGUUGGUGCUCUUGUAGCUUUUGCGGCUAUAUGAACGCAAGUCCGAAACCAAUUGGAGGGUGUGUGGACGGCGGACGUCCACCCUGACCCGUGUGUACACCCCGAGAUGAUGAAAUGUACGUCGUCACUCGACCCCUUACAGAUGGGCAGCGUGUGAGCCCUGAGGACUCUGGACACACAGAAACAGUCUUUAACAGAUACCAGAGCCAGAGACACUAGAGCCCCACACCCACCCCCACCACUACCACCCCACCACCACCACCACCAGGAGAAAAUGGGCAAGCAGCUACGCCCAGUGAUGUCUGGGAGUGGGAUGUGUCUGUGUGGGAGGUGGAUGGGAGAGCAGACCCUGUUCCUAAAACACUGGACUGAAAGUGGACAAUUCAGCCCUGCCAACCCAGAUACUCUCUGUAUUCCGAGGAACAGACAAAGCAGACCGAACACACACGGAGGAGUGUUUGGUCUGACUGAUUGGCUGACUUUUAUUAAGUGUCAAGUUCAUAAUGAGAUUUGAUGUUCAUCCUUUGACGUCUGGUGGUGGGCAGUGUUGAGGGUGUCUUGAGUCUGUGGCCAACCAGUUGAAUGUAUUCAUUUGUGUGGGUGUUGUAUUUUGUGUUGCAGUAAUGUAGAUUUCUCUGUGUAUAGCAUUUUUUUUUCUGAUGCCAGUAACCCACGUAUACACCGGUAUACACAUGUUGUUUGCUUGUAAACCCUGUUCAUGUUUUGAGUUGGUGUGUGUGUGUGUGUGUGAUGUCCUGCAUGAAUGUGGGCAUGUGUUAUUUAAAUUGCUCUAUAGUAUUAUGGAAUUAUACAUUUACUAUGGAAUUACUGCCGUACAGACCAUGUCAGAGGAUUUGCUCUUCUCCGUGUUUAGCCUCCUCACCCGAGUGUGUGUGCCAUGGCUCCAUCACCCAGCCUGUGUGUGCCCAUUUGGAAGAGCUGCCCUCGCCCUCCCCAUUCCCCUGGCUCCUUACCUGUUCAUAUGACCAGUCUCUCCACACACCCCCCCCACCCCACAUCAGACGCUAUAACCCACGUCUUAAGUCUGCGUGAAAGUUGACUCCGCUGUUUACAACAGUUUUACUUACAGUAUUUAUUAGUAUCAUUGUCUGUUGAGAUGUAAAGUAGGUCAUGCUAAAAUAAAUGGCUCUUGAGCUGUU